AUGAGUCGAGAAGAGCGGUUGAAUGAGUUGAAAUUGAAAAGUGAAGUGUUGGACAGGACAAUAGAAAAAGAACAAGUAAAACAUGAGGAGGAGAUUAGACAACUAGAAGAGGAUCUAGUAGAGUGGUCUGAAAUGUAUUUUUUGCUCAAUCAGAAAAAAGAUCUGAGGAAAGGAACAGGAUGUACAAAUAAAUUUUACAACGAUAGUAAUAAUAGCAACAAUAUGACUUCUCUAAGCUCUAAA